AUGCCGGGAAUUGUAGUUCUGCCGCGACGGCGUCCCGCCUGCGGCGGCGGGGCCGGCUCCCGCAGCCGCACUACGACUCCCGGCACCGCGCGCGCCGCCCCGCGAGGAGCCCAGUUGAAGCGGGUGGCGGCGGCGGAGCGCGCCCCCUCCCCCCCGCCGAAAAGCCCCAAACCAAAACAAAAACAAACCGCCCCCCCCACCGUCCCCCUCGCCCGCCGCCCCCGCCGAGCCCCGGACAUGGCGGCGCCGGGAGGGGGCUCCGCCAGCUGCGGGUGCUGA